AUGCAGCAACAGCUCAUCUACGAUUGCAGCCAGCGGGUCUGCCCACCCCCAGCUGCGGCCCAGACUCUUCAUCCGCAACGUCCUGAGAACACGAUAUCUUCAGCCUAUCAAGUUCCACCUGUGAACAUGCCUGUUGUCUGUGCCAUAUGUGAAGCCAUGCCUUAUGGAUAUAAGUGUGCGGUCUGCAAGGUUGAGGCACAAGGGUACCAGGCUGUCUCUCUGAGAUCCCAGCCUAAUGACAGAGCCCCCAGCCAAGGAAAUGAAGGGCCAGACCAUCAGAUGGAUGAAGAUGAAGCCUGGGCCGCCCUCAGAGAGGAAUUGUAUGACAAGAUGGCUAAUCUUGCGGGGUUCCUGCUCCUCAAGUUCUGCAGUAAGGAGCUGACCACUAAGGAAGAAAUGCUGAGCACUGUCCUGAAUAAUGAUGAGGAGCACUUCCAUCUCAUUUUCAACCAGGUCUGUGAGUGCUUGCAGCUGGUCUUUGGUGUUGAUGUGAAGCAAGUAGACCCACAGGUCCAGAGCUUUACCAUGAUCACCACCCUGGGCCUCAGUUAUGAUGGGAUGGUGGGCCCAGAGCAAGCCAUGCCCAACAGCGGCUUGCUGGCAAUGGUCUUGGGAAUCAUCCUGCUGGAGGAUGACUGUGCCUCCGAGGAUGACAUGUGGGGGGCAUUGAGUUUGGUGGGAGUGUACCCCGGGGUGGAGCAUUUCAUCUAUGGGGAGCCCAGGGAGCUCCUCACCAAAGUAUGGGUAGAGCAGCAGUAUCUGGAGUACCGGCAGGUGCCUGGAAGUGACCCUGCUGUCUACCACUUCCUCUGGGGCCCCAGGACCCUCACUGAAACCAACAGGGAGAAGGUCUUGAAAUUUUUACUCAGGCUGUAUAAUAGUGAACGCAAGUCUUUCUUCACUAUGCCUGAAACAUCUCCAGCUGAAGGAGAAGGAGGUGGCUUGGGGCAGUGA